UUUGAAAAGGCCUUCGACAGCGUCGAUCGAGAGGUCAUUUGGAAACUACUUCGCUACUACGGGGUCCCAUCGACAAUUAUACACCUCAUCCAACAGUUAUACGACAAUGCUGCAUGCCAAGUAAUCCACAACGGGAAACUUACGGAAGCCUUCGAAGUGAGGACGGGAGUGAGGCAAGGCUGUCUACUAUCACCAAUGAUCUUCCUGAUUGCAAUUGAUUGGAUAAUGCGACAGACAACGGCAACCAACGAGGGAACAGGCAUAAAAUGGACUGACACAAAAGACUUGGAGGAUCUGGAUUUCGCCGAUGAUAUAUGUCUGAUUUCCCAUAAACUGGAAGAUAUGCAAGUGAAAAGUAACAAGUUGGCAGAAGAAGCAUCAAAGAUAGGACUUCACGUGAACAUAGAUAAAACAGAGAUAAUGAAGAUUCCUAGCCAACAUCAACAACACCAACAGACCACAAUAAGCAUAAAUGGGAAGAACCUGAAAGAAACAACCUCCUUCACCUACCUGGGAAGCAUCGUCUCAACUACAGGCGGAACUGACGAGGACAUCAAAGCCAGAAUCGGAAAAGCAAGACAAGCUUUCAUUACUCUCAAAUCUGUGUGGAGGUCAACAGCAAUCAGCAUCAAAAAUAAGAUCCGGAUUUUCAACUCCAAUGUGAAGUCAGUGCUACUAUACGGAUCAGAGACUUGGCGAGUCAUAAAGAGCAUCUCAAACAAACUUCAAACCUUCAUUAACAACUGUCUCCGCUCAAUACUCAAGAUCAGAUGGCCAGAAAAGAUCAGCAACAGGGAUCUCUGGGAGCGAACCAAUCAGGAACCGAUUGUGAAACAAAUAGGCAGAAAGAAAUGGAGAUGGAUUGGCCAUACGCUGAGGAAACCAUCAAGUGACAUCACUAGACAAGCCCUCGAGUGGAACCCGAAAGGGAGGCGGCGAGUUGGUCGUCCAAGGGUGACUUGGAGGAGGUCAUGUGAAGAGGAGAUGAAAGCAUGUGGGCAGACCUGGAGCAGGGUGAAAAAGUUGUCAGAAAACCGAAGUCAAUGGAGGUGCGCAGCUGAAGCCCUAUGUUCCUCUAGGAACUAAAGGAUAC